CCGGACCUUGGGGUUGAUGGGGAACCGGGCUGAGUGAUCCUAGGACGCGGAACUGGGGGAGUGUCCGAGGAAGGCCCCGGAAUAGCAGGGCCCAGCUGAGAAAUACUUCCCUGUGUUCUCUGUGGCCUCUUGACCUGCAAACUGGGAGCAAAUACGCUACAGGAUGCUCCGGCUGCGGUUCGUGCCCGUGGCCGCGGCGCUGGCGGCGGUGUCGCGGCGCUACCACGGCACAGCCCCGCGCCCCGGCGCCCGGCGGAGGCUCCUGGUGGCGGCUUUCCUCGGGACCUCUGCGGCCACAGCGAGCGCCAGAUUCCUUUGGCAGAGGGCUUACGCUGAAGACUCAGUCAGACACGGCCCGAGGGCAGAGCCGGGGGAGAAGGUGAAGCACGAGGAGGAGGAGGAGGAGAGCAGCGGCAGGAGGGCGGUGGCCUCGGGCGAUGGGGAGGCGCCGCCCGAAGGGAAGAAGAAGAAACGUUCCGGGUUCAGGGACCGCAAGGUGAUGGAAUAUGAGAACAGGAUCAGAGCCUACUCCACACCAGACAAAAUCUUCAGGUACUUUGCCACGCUGAAGGUCAUCAACGAGCACGGCGAGUCCGAGGUUUUCAUGACCCCGCAGGAUUUCGUGAGGUCCAUCACCCCCAACGAGAAACAGCCAGAGAACCUGGGCCUGGACCAAUUCAUAGUGAAACGCUACGAUGGGAAGAUACAGGUUAAAUUUUCAUCUAAAUUAUUAGCUGAGCUCAUCCCCACUCUGCAGUCACAUACAAUGAAGUUGUCCCAGGAGAGGGAGAAGUUUGCCGACGAGGACAGCAUUUUCUACGCGCUCGGAGAAUGUGGCCUCAUCUCUUUUUCUGACUACAUCUUCCUCACCACAGUCCUUUCCACUCCCCAGAGGAAUUUUGAAAUCGCCUUUAAGAUGUUUGAUCUGAACGGUGACGGCGAGGUGGACAUGGAAGAGUUUGAGCAGGUGCAGAGCAUCAUCCGUUCCCAAACCAGCAUGGGCAUGCGGCACCGGGACCGCUCCACCACCGGCAACACGCUCAAAACCGGCUUCAACUCGGCGCUCACCACCUACUUCUUCGGGGCUGACCUCAAGGGCAAGCUCACCAUCUCCCACUUCCUGGACUUCCAGCGCAAGCUGCAGCACGAUAUUCUGAAACUAGAGUUCGAGCGGCACGACCCUGUGGACGGGCGGAUCACGGAGCGGCAGUUCGGCAGCAUGCUGCUGGCAUACAGCGGGGUGCAGUCCAAGAAACUCACUGUCAUGCUCAAACAGCUCAAGAAGCACUUCCAGGAUGGAGAGGGGCUGACGUUUGAGGAGGUGGAGAACUUCUUCACUUUCCUGAAGAACAUAAACGACGUGGACACGGCUUUGAGCUUCUACCACAUGGCUGGGGCUUCUCUUGAUAAAGUGACCAUGCAGCAAGUGGCCAGGACGGUGGCCAAGGUGGAGCUCUCGGACCACGUGUGCGACGUGGUGUUCGCGCUCUUCGACUGCGACGGGAACGGGGAGCUGAGCAACAAGGAGUUUGUUGCCAUCAUGAAGCAGCGGCUGAUGCGAGGCCUGGAGAAGCCCAAGGACAUGGGCUUCACACGGCUCAUGAGGGCCAUGUGGAAGUGUGCCCAGGAGACAGCGUGGGACUUCACAGCUCCCAAGCAGCAGUAGCAGUGGGAAGGAGCACCCCCAUUCCCUGGACCAGCUCUGGAGAGCCCAGGCUGGCUGAAACAGGAGGGGUCUGUCAACCCAAGUUAGAAAUCCACGCCUGUAUUUGCUUGCUGCUGGCUCCUUAAUAUUCCUCUCUCUCAGGAACAAGGAAAGGACUUUUACUGCCACCACCUCUGCCCUGCUUGAGAGCUGGACCCCGAAUCACCUUUAUUUAAUUAAUGGCAUGGAGGUUAUUUUCAUUCUCGGACUGCUCCUCAGAAAAGCCGGGCAAUUCCUGGAUUUCCUGCAUCCCAGACCAGGAUUUCAGCCAGCCAAAAGCUGCAGAAGGGCAGCAGUAGUGGAGCAACUGGCUCUCCUGCCCUUCCUGCCUUGCACAAGCAUCCUGCUGCAGGAGCUCCCUGACUGAUGUCCUAAAUGGAGAGCCCUCUCCGUGGGGAAUUGUACCAGGAAGGGGCUGACAGAAGUUGUUUCCUGGGUGCUGUUCUCAGUAAAGUAUCAUGUAAAGAUGUUGCU